AUGCCUGCCCGCAAGCCAAACACUUCCCUACUAGAACUAAUCCACCUCGGCCACUCCAACUACGAAUUCAACGCUUCCAAAUUUUUCGGUACCACAACACCUUUCCCUCUAAACUAUACACCUAACACUUCGAAACUUCUACUCUCUGUCACCAAUGACAAGCUAUACCAUCCAAUCUCCCCGAUCCCCAUCUCAUCUCCCCUCAAACGCUGCUGUGCGAUCUGCUACUUGCACCAGAUCAAGCAUUUCCGCACUUCGGCCUCGAGCAAGAAGUUCCUACCGACAGUUUCGGAGCCAGUUCUUAUGUUGCAGGUCUUCAUGGUCUUUCAUGAGGCUUGCUUGUAUGCAUAUCUCAGCUCUGAUCGUGUGGUACCUGGACCAGGUAGAGAGUUGUAUGAGAAGCGUAAAGAGUUGAAAAACUGGGUGAUCGAGCAGGAGUGGGAUGGUGUGGUGUUGGAGAAGACAUUGGAUAGAGUGUUGGAGAAAAUGACAAAGAUGAUGGAAGAGAAGGCGGAGGAGGUGCAAGGGGGUGGGGAGAUGGUUAAACUAAAGGAGGGCUUGGUGGUGAUGUAA